AUGGCCACGGAACAACAGCGUAAUGACGUUGAAUUCAAAACCUUUGAUGGCUUGACUUUGCGCGGCUCGCUGUACGUGGGCCCUAAGGGUGGUCCUGCAGUGAUUGUCAAUGGCGCAUUUAUGUGCCCAAAGGAGAUCUUUGUGGAUGCCAUAGCAGCUUGGUUCGGACGUAAUGGCCUGACGGCUCUUGUCUACGACGCCCGAACUAUAGGCACAAGCGACGGCCUGCCUCGAAAUGAUCUGGACCCGCAGAAGAUGGCCGAAGACAACUCAGAUGCCGUCACAUUCAAUAGACUAAUGAAUGCGGAACAGUUCUUGCAGAAAGAGGGAUGGGUGGACCCGAACCGCAUAGCCAUAUGGGGCUUUUUCUAUAGCUCUGGGAUCGCACUCGAGGCAGCAGCUUUUGACAAGCGUGUAAAGGCCGUCAUAGCGCAAGGUCUGAUGCCCGAGUGGUACCUGAAUGAGGAGGACCAGGAGGAACUCGUCGCGCGUGCAGUCGAGGAUCGGGCGAACCAGCUUCGUGGCGAUCCGCCCGGAUAUAUACCCCUCCUCAACGAAAAGGGCGAGCAUUUAAUGUUCUUCAAGUAUCUGGCCAAAAUGACACCCGAGCAAAAGGCCCACCUUCCCAACUGGGUCCACGGGGCUAAGAAGAACGCCCCGACCUUUAAGGAUAGUCUGACCAUUCAAAGCUUCUACCGUCAUGCUAAGUGGAAGCCCGCGAAUCUGUUCACGUCUGUCAGCCCCACUCCCGUUAUGAUCCUGACGCCUGAAAAUGACGAGAUCGUGCCGCCCGAGUAUCAGAAGAGCAUAUUUGACAGCAUGCGGUCACCGCUGAAGAAGUUCCAUAUUGUAAAGGAUAGAGGACACUCGGACUUUUUAAGCGUUGACCUUGAUGAGCUGCUAACCCCACAGCUAGAGUUUCUUAAAGAAGCUUUGAAAUUCUAA